AUGGAAGACGUGAGGCGUCAUAACCAGGCAGUGUUAGAUUCCCUUGUGCCGGGAGACCUGGUGGAGUUCCAAAGGUCGUGGCUCUUCUCCCACUGGGCCGUUUAUAUUGGUAAUGAAGAAGUGGUCCAUUUUAUUGAACGCAAUUCAGGAGGUGUCUUCAGUUCCUCUAGUGAGCGUUCUAUGACGGGGGUAGUUCGAAGGGAUUCCUUUUGGACAGUGGCAGGGAGGAGUAAGGCGUUCAAAAACAACAGAAGGGACGCCAAAUACAGCUGUGAUGUGAUAGUGACGAGGGCUCUGUCAAAGCUGGGAGUGAGCGAGUUCAAUCUCUUCUUGAGAAAUAGUGAACAUUUUGUAGCCUGGUGUAGAUAUGGUGAAGAGUGCAGUGAACAGGCACAAACCAUCUGGACAAUGUUUUUGGGGUCUAUGGCUGUAAUUGUGGGGGGCAUUGCCGCACUCACUGGCCUUAGGCGAUAG